AUGCCAUCUGUUGACUCUCAAUCGUCGACUUCGGUUGAGAACACCAAACUUGACCCUCCCCGUGUGUUUUCCAACGGAAAAAAAGCCAUUCAUUGGGCCCCGUUAAAUAUCGGCCUUGAACGACGUCUACAGACCUUUGUGGUCCUCUGUCACACCCUGACAAUUGCCAUAUUCCUCACAUGCUUUUUCUUCACCUGCGCAAUACCGUUGUCCUGGCCACUGCUUUUACCAUACCUGGUUUACAUUUCGUUGUUCUCCACGGCGGCUACGUCUGGAUCCUUGAGUGGUCGAAGCAAUUUCUUGCGUUCGCUUAGAGUAUGGUCACUUUACGCCUCUUAUUUUCCUGCUCGUCUGCAUCGCUCAGAAAAUCUCAUUCCCACCCGAAAAUAUAUAUUCGGAUACCAUCCCCAUGGAAUCAUCUCACAUGGCGCCUUUGCGGCAUUCGCGACAGAGGCGCUGGGCUUCUCUAGGCUUUUCCCGGGGAUCACUAAUACUCUACUUACUCUCGACUCCAACUUCCGGAUCCCAUUUUAUAGAGAAUAUGCUCUGGCCAUGGGUCUUGCCAGUGUCUCACGCGAGUCUUGCGAGAAUAUAUUGACAAGAGGUGGCGCGGAUGGCGAAGGAAUGGGCCGUGCUAUUACGAUUGUAAUUGGCGGCGCCCGCGAAUCCCUUGAUGCUUUGCCAUCGUCAUUACGCCUUGUUCUCAAGCGGCGCAAGGGCUUCAUAAAACUAGCCAUUCGCACCGGUGCCGAUUUGGUGCCAGUUUUGGCGUUUGGUGAAAAUGACCUCUAUGAGCAAGUCCGCUCGGACCAGCAUCCUCUUAUACACAAGCUCCAGAUGCUGAUUAAGCACACGAUGGGGUUCACCAUCCCACUUUUCCAUGCCCGUGGGGUUUUUAAUUAUGACGUGGGCCUGAUGCCGUACCGCCGUUCACUUAACAUCGUUGUGGGCCGCCCCAUUCAGGUCAUACAAGAACGCGAUAGAAGCAGAAUCGAUGAUGACUAUAUCAAUUCUCUUCACGAACAGUACGUGUCAGAAUUGAAAAGGCUCUGGGAGCAGUGGAAGGAUGUAUAUGCCAAAAAUCGAAAUUCAGAGCUUGAGAUUGUUGAGUGA